GACAUAUGUAACAUUGCAAAAGGCUUUUCGUCUCCAACAGAGAUAGCUGCAUAUCUGUUGCCGACGACUAAUGCUGCAACCCUGGAAAUUUUGAUAACAAAGUCCAUGAUUUGCCUCUGAAAUCGAGAAAGAGAAGGAAAUCAGAGAGGGAUCUUGUGUACGAAACGCGGGAGAUGGACCAUAGUAUGCACCAUGGACAUGUGCAGGGCACUACGCCGCCUGCAAUGACUGGAAGGAUGGACCACACCAUGGACCACACCAUGGACCACACCAUGGAUCAUGGGGACCACGGUGGAGCCGGUGGGAGCCACAUGAUGAUGCAAAUGACGUUCUACUUUGGCUGCAAAAAUGUGGAGCUCCUGUUUGCUGGACUUGUAAUCAACACACCUGGGGAGAUGGCAGGUGCAUGCAUUGGCGUGUUCCUUUUAGCUGUGUUCUACGAAGGACUGAAGAUUGGCAGGGAGUUCCUGCUCCGACGGAACCAAGUGAACGUUCGGUACAACUCUAUGCCUGUCCCUGGCGCUGAUGGAACUGUAUUAAUGGAGACCCACAAAACGGUUGGGCAGCGGAUGCUGAGUCUCCCGCACGCGCUUCAGACGGUGUUGCAUAUCAUCCAGGUGGUUGUCAGCUACUUCCUCAUGCUGGUGUUCAUGACUUACAAUGGCUACCUCUGUAUUGCUGUGGCAGCAGGUGCUGGGGUGGGCUACUUUCUGUUCAGCUGGAAGAAGGCAGUGGUAGUAGACAUCACGGAACAUUGUCAUUAGCCCUCAAAUGACAGCCCCCCACCCCUCCCUUAGCCUCUCCCUCACCCCCUACCCCCAACACUGUCACAUACACAGACACAUGCAUAUUUUGGUCAUGGGAAAACACCUCACUGGUGGUCCUUAUACGUACACAGACAUAAUGAUACGAAGUUUCUGGUUAUUAUAUUUUCAGUUAGGCAAUUUAUUCAGGGUUUUGGAUGGGUGGUUCCACAUCCAUUGUAAACAAGCACCCCCAACCCUUACCCAGGCUACUGUUACCAAAUGCAGUCUGCCUUAAUGAGUUGGUCCCUAUGGGUGAGAAGAAAAAAAAACACUUUAUGAUCUUUUACUCAUCACUAUCAGGAGAGUCGUUGAGCUUCUAUAUACUGUAUCCAGUCCCCGGUUUGUGCCAGUUUCUCAGUAAUUUCCGUUCUGCAGUUUCUAUUGGUGGGCUACUUGUCUCAGUCCUAAAGCUGUACUAUUAGUGACAUUCCUUGGGGGUCCAGUUCUUUAGCCAUUCAGAUCAGUAGCCUGAAUGGCCUUUAAAAUACAUCUAUGUCCAGCUGUAAAUAUAUUAAGGCAGGGUUCACAUUGGUAUUUGUCAACUAUAGUAUUAUCGCUGGAUCACUCUGGAAUCCUUGAUGUUCUGUGUAGUUUCAGUUUAGCCAUAUCUACCACACAUCUGUAUAUACCAAGGGAUAACGCAUCCAUAUGAGGUUGAGGGUGCUGUCCGGGGCUGUAUGACCGAGCCUUAUCUAACCUUUUUGCCUUAAAAUGAGGGAAACGCACACGUCCUGCACUGGGCCAACUGUAGACUGCCGGGACUUGUCUCUCAGUCUACAGGGAAGUGCCAUCCUGUAACUCACAUCAAUGAACCUGAUAGGAACCUGCUAUUUUAGAUCUCAUGGAACACUUGUGGCAAAAUGUGUAUGUGUCUCCCUCUUGAGCAGCUGUUUUCUGUUUUCUUUGUGUGUUGAUAGCAGAGGGCUGAUGUUGUAAGAUUAAUGAUGAGCUGAAUCUAUAUAAAGAUAUAUAUUAUGUAGUGAUGGGAUGGAAUGAGGAGGACAAGAGGUGAAGCCUAAUUAUGUUGAAACAAGGUCCCAUGCAUUGUGGUAUCUGAAGACUACUCGGAAUACCAGGAAGUGGAUUAUCUUUAGUGGGUACACUGCACCGAAGGGUCCAGACUGCAGGUAUGUAGCUGUUGGGACUCAGUUAGAUGGACCUCAGCGAGGUAUGAAACGGCAUCUGUAUGAUUUUGACAAAUGUAAAUUCUAUAACAUAAAAUGUAGACGUUGCCAGUAACACAUGUAAUUUAAAUAUUUGUUUUCAGUUAAUUAUGUCACACACAAGUACUGUGCUCUAAGUAUAGACUGAUCCCCCCCCCACCCCUUUGACAAUCCGCUACCCACAAACCAAUUUCUUUACGUAAUGUUUUAUGAAGCAGAUCAGCAUUUCAUUGCACAAAGAUGUGUAGAUCAUAUGUAACGUGCCCAAAAGAUUCUGGCUAUUAACAAGAAAUCCACAAGCGAGGGCUUUUGCUGUGCUGCCUACAAUCGGGAGUUUUGGUAGGUCAUUCCAACAAAGGGUAAAAUUCCGUAGUAACAUCAGGGAUCAAAGGGAGAACAGCUAACCCAUAGCUGUUCUACGUACCUAGAAUUUCUCCGUUUACUCUGUUGGUGCAUGGAUCCUUAUUACAUCAAGGAAUUCUGGGAAAGCAGAAGGCUGGAACCAAUGCUUUCCAUAGCCUGACUAGAUACUACCUGACUCCAAGUUAGCCCUUUUAGAGUGGGUUUAUAAUUGUUGGCCGACAUAAAGAUUAUCAGAUAUAAUCUGCCGGUGUAAUAUUUUUAAAUAACUGUUUUAGUUUGAGUGAAUGCAGUUUUAUAAUUUCUGAUGUAAAAUUCAGUGACAUAGAUGUUUGUACAACUUGCCAGAUUGACAUUGUGUUAUGCAGGGUUGGUGGUCAAAUCCCUUAUCCCCUGAAACGCCUUAUAUAUGACAAGAAAUAUGACCAUGUUUAAAAACUAGGAUAUCAAGGAUGUUUAUAAAGUAAACAUUGAAGUUGAUCAAGGGCCCAACUGUUAAAGGGAUUUGCCUGCUACUCCUGUCCAACACUAGUCUGAACUUUUUCUGGACUGUUUACAGUUCACUGUAACGUAUGUAUAGUUUCGCAUUUACUUUGUAAUUGUCUAGAGAGCAUCAAUAAAUGAUAUGUGAUUGAAGAGCACAUCAA